AUGCGCCAUCUGACACGAUUUUAAUAUCACUUGUUAUCAAGUGUCUGAAAAGAACAAAGCUAUCCCCCUCGCCACUUCCUUUUUUUCAGAUGCCCCUUUAAUUGUUUGGUAUUUCGUAUUUGUUUAUUUUAAAGGGAGUGGAGUCUCUUUCUUUCUUUAUUUUCUCCCACUUUGUGUUUAAUGCUCCGUUUCGAGAGGCGCGUUGUACGGGUUAAUUUAGCGCGAGUUCCCCCGGCUCCUGUAGCGAUUAUUGCGCACAGUGGGGUUGCUGUGCUGUUCGUUCCCGCGGAGGCGAUGCCCUUUUGCGGAGAGGUCUUGUCACAGUGGACAGACGGCACCCUCACAAUCAGGACGCAAGGACACAAAGAGAAUAAUUGCAUUAAAAAGGACCAUUCUUUCCGCAACUGCCCAGGAGGGGUGUUGACUGUGGGUGUUUGAGAGGCCCUUUGUUGCUUGAAAAGAAGUAGCCAAGAAUAUACACUGUGGACUAGCUGUAUGUUUUAUGAACAGUGUUACUGUAUACUGUUAGGGCGCUCGCACACGUCUCUCUACCUCUUUGGUUCGCGGAAAAGUCAGUGCUGUGCAGUUUUAACAGAGAAACUGGUUUGAAUAGUUCGAAAGACACAAAGUUUAUGGCGUAUGCUCUUUGCGUAUUGGAUUUGGAGACCGCUGCGCGUCUCCAGUACUUUAUCUAACAGUACAUUCUCAAAAUUAGUAUUUUCUCUAAAUCUUCAUGUUACUGUCUGCUAAGUUUUUCAUUUGCCACCAUAAGCGUUCGUAGCAUUUUUUUCCUUGGGAAUUUGAGUUCUCAGCUCCCUUAAACGCCUCACAUUUGUAACAAAUUCAUUUUAAAAGGGGGGCGUGGAAGUGAAAACCUUAAAUCAUAGGCUACCUCAAUUUGUGGAUAUUUCUUCGAGGGAUGCCAAUGGACAGAUACGCUGAUAUGGAGGACAAACUGCGCAUUUUGGAGGACCUGAACAUGAUGUACAUUCGCCAGAUUGCCCUGAGUUUACAGGACAGUAACAUCCAGAAGAAAAUAGACCAUGAGAUCCGGAUGCGUGACGGGGCCUGUAAGCUGCUGGCUGCGUGCUCCCAGAGAGAACAGGCCCUGGAGGCCUCCAAGAGCCUGCUCACCUGCAACACCCGCAUCAUGGCCUACAUGUCGGAGCUGCAGAGGAUGAAGGAGGCCCAGGUCAUGCAGAGGGUUGCACUAAGGUCAUCGGACGCAGGGCCUACGGACGACAGACUACCCUGUAAAGGAAAGGUGGCCAUCUCAGACCUGCGGAUCCCUCUCAUGUGGAAAGACACAGAGUACUUCAAGAACAAAGGAGAGCUGCAUCGGUGUGCAGUGUUCUGUCUGCUCCAGGUGGGGGCGGAGAUCCACGACACAGACAUGGUGAUAGUGGACCGGACACUCACCGACAUCUGCUUUGACAACACCAUAGUGUUCAGCGAGGCCAGCCCGGGAUUUGAGCUGCGCGUGGAGCUGUACAGCUGCUGUUCAGAGGAGGACUACUCCACAGGGAGCACGCCUCGGAAACUAGCCAGCAAACUGAGCAGCUCUCUGGGCCGUUCGGCAGGGAAGAAGCUCCGCGUCGCCAUGGACCCUGGAGCCUGCAGCCCCAUCAGCAACGGAGGAGGAGCCACACUGCUGCUGCCUCUGCCCACAGUGGUGGGACCGAAGUACCAUCUCCUGGCCCACACCACCCUGUCACUGUCACACGUCCAGGACAGUUUCCGCACACAUGACCUCAGCAUCUCGGGCAACGAGGAGUGUUCACACUGGGUGCCUCUCUACGGCAAUGUGUGUUGUCGCCUGGCUGCCCAGCCUCACUGUAUGACCCAACAGAUGAUGAGCGGCUGCUUGAAGGUCAAGCAGUUUGGUGACCCUCAGAGUUGGACAAACGUCUACGGCGUCCUUAAAGGGACAAACCUUUUCUGUUAUCACCGGCAAGAGGAUGUAGAGGCUAACAUAGAGCCAGCUUUUACCAUUUCCAUCAAUAAGAAGACGAGAAUACGGGCGUCGGAGAAGGACCUCCACAAUAAGGCCCAGAGCAUCUGUAUCAGUAACCAUUAUGGAGGAGAGGAGGUGACACACACACUCUCAGCAGACAGUCGUGAAGACACACACCGCUGGAUGGAGGCCUUCUGGCAACAGUUCUAUGACAUGAGCCAAUGGAAGCAGUGCUGUGACGACCUAAUGAAGAUUGAGCUGCCAUCACCCCGGAAACCAACCCUGGUCACAUCGAAACAGGGUUCUCUUUACCAUGAAAUGGCCCCCUCACCAUCCCGUCCUGUGAGGGUAUCUUGCUGCAGGAUAAUGCUGUGUCUGCUGAGAUUCGUGCUCUGCUCUCCUCCUAUUACAACGACAGUUAUUGACACCUCUGAUGACAUCAGCACCGUGACGGACAUCCUGGCGCGCCGGAUGCAGGAGCUGGAGCUGAGGAGCCAGCUGGGGACCUCUCCUCCCUGGAUGUCCCUGUUUCAGGACUCUCCUGGUUGCCCCCGCACCCACAACCGCCUCCCCCACAGCCCCCUGCGCUGCCCCCGGCCCGGCCUGCUCUCCUCAGAAGCCAGCCUGACCUCGGACAGCGACAGCCCCUGCAGCACCAGCCUUUGCUCCCGCCACAGUGGCUGGGCAGAGCCCCUCUCCCUCUCCUCCCCCUCCUCACACUUCCGCCCCCGCACCCUCUCCCUGGACGCCAAGCUCAGCACCCUCAGGGGCAGGGGGUGUGGAGGGGUGUUACAGUGCUCCUGUCAGCCCCCCUCCUCCUCCUCCCUUGCCCCCAUCCCAGCCCAACGCGUCCCCCAGGCCACCCUGUCCUGCUCCAACUCUACCUCCAGUAACAGCUCCAGCGAGGGCAGCCACAGCCCUGAGUUGUCAGACGGCACCCCUUUCUCACACCCCUCUUCGGCCCGUCAGAGCCUCAGGAACUUGAGGGCUAAACUGGACCCCCGGAAUUGGCUCCAGAGCCAGGUAUAACCCAGCUCAGACCCCCAAAUCACCCAAGGCCCUGGUAAGAACUGACAGGAAGGAAGCCCCCACUUCCUCUCUGAUGAAAGGGCCUUGGUGUUAACUGGAAUGACUUCACUCUAAUGACAGGAGAAUUGUCAGUAUAUGGGAAUGUUUAGUAUCUGAGUGAGGUCAUAGGGUUGUUGGUGUAACUUGUGAUCUAUUCAAAUGGCUAGACCCACUGUCGUCGGUAAUGGCAAUUAAAUCCUGCCAGAAAAAGUCCUCUGAAACUACUAAUACACUGAUUUGCUUAUUGCAUGAUUGUGCUCGAAGUCAAGGAAUGUGUUGUUUCAGAUCUUUAAACUGCUCAGAAAGUGAAUGAAUUUUGAAAACUCAACUUAAUGCAACUGUGCUCCCAUUAAUUUACUAUGCUACUUGUUACUACAACUACUACUGUGAUAACAUCUGGGUCACUUCCUCUGCUGGGUUUCCAGAACUUCCCCUACAUUCAUGAACACAUUGUAGGCCUAAUACACAUCAACCAAUAUUUGAGUUCACCGGGACAUUCCGUUAAGAAACUGACUGCAAUUAUUUGUACCAAUGUAUGGAGUAAUUAUAAUGAAUUGAAGGAAGCCAAAGGUAAUGUACUAUAUAAUCAGGAGAAGCCAUAUUAACUCCUGUGUUACACUGCCUCAUUCAAGUACCGUGUGCAAAUGUACUGACUUUGAAGAGCGUAGAACCUGGGAAUGUGCAUACAUGGGUGAAGAGUUUUGGAAUCCCACAACUCUGACCUCUUAGUUUGUGGUACUACAGUCGUAAUGUUAUACCCGGCAAACCGGUCUCAGAAUUCUGCUGCAAUACCAUAUGAAACAUUGUAAUCCAUCAAGUAUGCAAUGCAGGACAUAUUGAUCUCUAGAAAAUAUUGUGUUGUGUUUUUUUUGUCUUGAAAUAGUGUAGUCUUUCACCUAAUGCCAAGCAGCUGAUUGUAUUGGUUAAGUGAUGAGGUGGGCAGGGGUAGGUGUGUCUCUGGUCUGUGCAGUAAAGCCUAACAAUCCCUGUGCUUCUGAUGGACUUUCUAACAUGCUACUGUGUCACAAGGGCUCGCAGCUGGCUCACUCCUUUUUACUCAGAGCAAAACACCUGUACAUGCUUCAAAGUGGCAUUUGUUACUCUAAAGUUUUUUUGUAAUAAGUUAACAAAACUCUUUUUCUUAUACAUUAUACAUGAUUGAUUUUGUUAUAAAUACAGCUAUAUUGAUUUAUUUUUAACAGAUUGCAUAUCUAUAACUGUGUCUAAUAGAUAACAUUGAAUGUUAACCUUGCAAGAGUGUCUUGUGUUAGCAGACUGUCUGCAUGCAUGUCAUCCUAGGGGAGAAAGGAAUAAGAACUGUCAGUCAUGUUUUAAAUACUGUAUUAACAUAACAAUAAUAAAUGAUGUAUCUAUUCAGAAA